AUGUCGAAGUAUUCAGAGGAAGUUCCAGAAACACUACUUACUUUGAUUGCAACGGACCUACAAAGCGUACGAGCAUUUGAGGCUAAUGCUCAGCUCUUCACGUUUCCUGAUCAACGAUGUUGCUCUGGUGUUCAUCUUCCGUGCACGAGUCUCCAGAAACCAUGUCCACAUCAGGCGCUGGAAGCGAAUAUCGUUGGAGGAAUGCGAGCAAAAUUAGGAUCGUCGGAAUCGUUGAAAUUAUCAGGAUCACUACGUGACCUGUAG